UCCAAUCUGAUCAACAAAGCUUAUUGACAGCUAUCUUCUAGGAACGAUUCCGGCUCCGGUUCAGAAUUAAGAGGGGGCGCAAUACGCACCUGGCGUUCCGAUCACGAUCUCCAUUUAUAAUCCACUCUUAUCGUGCGCCAGUAGGUAGAAAAUGGGAGAUGUAUGGACAUGGCUACUUUUCUUCUUCAUUGUCAUAGCUAUACUUAUUAUGGUUAUUUUUCAGCUCAUUUGCUUAAGUGAUCUAGAGUUUGACUAUAUCAAUCCAUACGAUACUGCAUCUCGUGUAAACAAAGUUGUUUUACCUGAGUUCAUCACUCAAGGAGUUUUGUGCUUCCUCUACCUGAUUACAGGACAUUGGGUUAUGUCGCUUUUAUGCGUUCCAUAUCUAUACUACAAUGUCAAGUUGUACAUGCAAAGACGGCACCUUGUAGAUGUUACUGAGAUUUUUAAUAUGCUUAAUUGGGAAAAGAAACAGAGGCUUUUCAAACUUGGCAACAUGGUAAUUCUGCUCCUCAUAUCAUUAUUUUGGGUGAUUUAUAGUGCCUUAGAGGAUCAUGAUGAUUUUUAGCUCUAUUUCCACAAAGUAUAAUCGCCACCAACAGUGGCGAAGCCAGAAAAUUCAAUAAGGGUGUUCAAAUUUUGAACACCCUUUACCAGUGGGUUAUGCAGGGGUGUUCAAAGUCUAUUUUUAAUCAAUAACAAGUAAUAUUUUACCUUAUACGUAGUAUAAUUUUUCGGGAACUCUGGCAAAUCUGAUUUAUAUUCUUUUGGUGUAACUUGGCCAUUCCUAGUUCAUUUUUCUUGCAAGUUUAGAGUUAACUAAUGGUAGAUUAGGCAGCAGAUCAUCUUCUUAUAUCAUUUGAGCUUCCUCUAACCUUGUUGCAUUUUCAGCUUUUGAGCAAUCAUAGAUUUUGCUGUGGGCUCCGAGUUCUCGGUCACAGAGAUCAAUGCAAGAAACAAAAUGUUGGCUUAAAACUUGGUGUAGUUUGUCAGCCUGUUAUAUUGUUUUGUGUUUGAUCUCCAGUAAACAUGAAAUUGCUGAGAUUGAGAAUGCAAUUCAUAGGAUGAAGGAUUUUAAGUUCCUUUUUCCUCUUUUUUUCUUUUUCUUGGCAUCACACCUUUGGUGUGCGGCCCUCAGAGGCGUAUCCAAGUUGAGACAUAUGGGUUCACGUAAACUCAUACUUAAGGUUCAUGUUAUUUUCUUCAAAAUUACUUAAAUUUAUGUGUGUUAACCCAUGCUCAAAGACUAUUAUGGUGCAGUUAUUAUUGGGUGUA